AAUGGGAAAAAAAAAUGACCCAAAUGUUGUGGGUUGUGGGGUUGUGAGUGUGGCUCUCUCAACAACAUAGCCAUGGCUUCAACAACCACCAUUACACCCUCCAUUUCUUCUCUUUGGUACCACCACUACUUCACUAAACCCACUUCAAAAUUCAGCUUCACCUUCAAGAUCAGAGCAUCAUCACUAUCAUCCAUGGCCACCACCACCACCACCAAGGUGGUUCCGGCCGUCAUAGUCGGCGGCGGACGGGUUGGACGAGCUUUGCAAGAGAUGGGCAACGGCGAUGAUGUGUUGGUGAAGAGAGGCGAUUCUGUGCCGCUUGACUUCCCUGGUCCCAUCUUGGUAUGCACAAGGAACGAUGAUCUCGACGCCGUCCUUCAGUCCACUCCUCAGUCUCGAUGGACCGAUUUGGUUUUCUUCCAGAAUGGAAUGCUGGAGCCGUGGUUUCAAAGUAAAGGUUUGGGUGAUGCGGAUCAAGUUUUGGCAUAUUUUGCAGUAGCAAAGCUUGGUGAACCUCCUAUUGACGGGAAAACAGAUACUAACCCUGAGGGAUUGACCGCGGUUUUUGGAAAAUGGGCAUCUGCAGUGGCAUCAAGAUUACGUGCUGGUGGCCUUUCUUGCAAGGUCCUUGACAAGGAAGCUUUUCAGAAGCAGAUGUUGGAGAAACUUAUAUGGAUAUCAGCAUUCAUGCUAGUUGGAGCACGUCAUCCUGGAGCAACUGUUGGUGCUGUUGAGAAGGAAUUUUGCUCAGAGGUGUGUAGCCUCAUCACGGAACUAGCAUCUGCAGCAGCUGCUGAGAAAGGGAUAGCUUUUGAAGACGGCAUGGAGGAUAGAUUAUGUGCUUAUGCACGUGCCGUUGCCCACUUCCCAACUGCAGUUAAGGAGUUCAAGUGGAGAAAUGGUUGGUUCUAUUCCCUUUCUGAAAAGGCAAUUGCACAAGGGAAACCAGAUCCAUGCCCGCUACACACGACAUGGCUAAAAGAACUAAAAGUUGUCUAGAAUGGACUUUAUUGUACCGUAUGUAUCCAACAAUUUACUUGGAGGAUUAACUGGCUCAUAUUUUAUUGAGUUGUUGAUAAUGCUUUUGAGUUAAGGGACCCCAAGUUCUAUCCACAACGUGCAUUUUUCGAAUGCAGUAAAUUUACCGACAUGUGAUUGGAUAAUAGAACUAGAAAGCAAAUUUAGGCAGUAUUUUGAUCAAAAUUGUGAUGCUCUUUCAAGGUUUUUAGGGAUUAUUUCAUAUCAAAUUCAUUGGUGACUUGUACCCUGUGGAUGGCACUUUAUGGGUCAAUUUAGUCAUAUGCUAUUGAUAAGCAUGCAUUUAGUAGUAA